CUGGCAAAAUUUCUCCGCUGGAGCUGCUCUUGUGGUUGUAAGCAAUAAUCUCAGACACAUAGCCUUGGUAUAGGGAAGAAGAAACAAAAAUGCUCCAACCUACCAUACCGUCGAAUCCAUCGCUACCAAACAAAACAAAACCCCAAAACGGCACUGUUUAAAUGCUACUAAAUACCAACACCAAAAUCCUCACAUUCAAGAAACGCUGGCAAAAAUGAUUCUCACUCGUCACCACCUUCAUCACCUCUUCGCAGAUUCAACCCUCAACUCUUCACUCAGAAACUGCACGCCAAUUCCGAACCCUUCCACUCGCUUCCGAGUCACGUACCUCAACUCGUUCGCAAUUCACAAAAUCGCUUCGGUUUCGACCCGACCCGCGGGUCAGUUUAGCAUCAGAGCCCAAGAAUCUGAUGACGCGGUUUCAAAACGCGUUCUUGGCGACUUCGAUUUGGACUCGGCACUCUCCGUGCUGGAAUUCGCGUGCCUUCUUUCGUCGGCGGUUGCGUGGGUUGGUUUUGCUGUGAUUGCUGGUUCGGCGAAGCAGGGGUUCUUGGUGGCGAUUGGGGAGACUAGGGUUAGGGUUGUGGUGGCUGUGUGUGGGGUACUCAUGAUGGUUGGUGGGAUUGCGAUUGGAGCGUGGAUUCGGAGGCGGCAAUGGAAUCGAGUUUGUGGCGGAACGGGAAAGGUGAAUUUUGUUGGGAGGAUUGAGAAAUUGGAGGAGGAAUUGAGGAAUUCUGCCACUGUUAUUAGGGUUUUGUCGAGGCAUAUAGAGAAAUUGGGGACAAGGUUUAGGGUCACUCGCCAAAAUUUGAAGGAUCCCAUAGCUGAGGCUGCAACUUUGGCACAGACGAAUUCUGAGGCUACAAGAGCACUAGCAGUGCAAUCAGAUAUGUUGGAGAAGGAACUUCGCGAAAUUCAAAAUGUUUUACUAGCAAUGCAGGAACAACAGCAAAAACAACUUGAUCUGAUUCUUGCAAUUGGGAAGACUACUAAGCUGUGGGAAAUCAAACGGGAAACUAGUGAAGAACAUGAAACUACAUUAGAUACACCUAACUUGGCUGAGGGCGAGGUAAAGCAGAAGGAAGUUCACCAAAUUUGAGGUUUAAAUUUAGCUGAGGAGAGGAAAAUCCUGGAUCCUAGAAGUGGCAAUUGGAAAAUGGUGAAGAUUUGAAGUCACAUGUCUUUGUACAACAUUGUUACAUUGUUGCUGUGUAUACCAAAUGAUCAAUCAUCACAACUGAAAUUACUUAGGAGUUUAAUUGGCAUACAAAUUUAUACCAAACUUUCCACGAAUAUAGGUGAGGAGAAAUCACUUGAAACAAAUUAAGAUUGGAGAAUGACUGAACUCCAUUUGGUGCCCUGGUAAAGCUCAGAAUUGUUUGAAUUUGUAUGUACUUUUUGAUUCGGUCUGUAACGUACAUUGUCAAUAUUUGUUUUGAGGAAGCAUCGUUAAUAAAAAGGUCAAUCUACACUUUUUGUAUA